AUGCUGGUUUUGGUUACCUGGUGUGGGAACACCUCAUCUUCCUCUCCGGCAGGCAUCACUCAGAGACGCACUGCUAUCAGGUACCGCUUUUCCCAGCUGGUACACUUGCACAACAUCCCGUUCAACCCGACGAAGAUGAUCCACCAGGACGAAUGGCAUCUGCUCCCUAAGUACUUGAGAAGGAUCACGGCCGGAUUCCUGGGCAUGGCUGCAAUUGUUCUUUGCUGCAGGUGCAGUGCAGCCGUCAGCUUCUUUUGGGAAGAAAGCCUCACCCAGCAUGUUGCAGGUCUGCUGUUCCUGACAACAGGAAUAUUCUGCACUAAAGGUCUAUGCACUUAUGUAGCCAACAUGUCAUAUGACCUAAACCACCUCCCCACAUUCGUCUAUAAUCUUCCUGAUGAUGUAGAACAUGGAUACAGCUGGUCUGUAUUUCAUCAUUGGUGCAGUCUGGGAUUUACAGUAGCAACCGGGUGUCUUUGCACAUAUUACCCAUUUGUUAGCAGGGGCAACAUUAUGCAGCUGAAGCCCACCAGAGACGACUCCGUAUGA